CGGCUAAGGGAGACAACUCUGGGUUGUUGUGUCAGAAAAUUAGGUCACAGAAAUAAUCGACCUGUCAAAGUUUUCCGUCAUGUGAAUGCGGUAAGACAUAGAAAGAAAAAAGCAUGGAGAUGCUUCAGACCCAAAGAGGCAAGCCAAAGUUGUCAUGCGGCGGUUACAUGUACCGGAAAGAUCGUGAGUGUAACAAAACGCAAAAAACAACAUGGCGGUGCGUUCUCCGACGAGGUUGUCCAGGUAGAGCUUACACAGAGUGGAACAGUCGAGAUCAGAGGUACAUUGCUCACAUCACAAAAGCACAUACCCACGCACCCAUCCCAAACGCAAUUGAUUCUUUGGAAUGGGUAGAGGAGAUACGCAGAACCAGUGCAGCGGUCAUCACACACGAUGAGACUGGUCCCCCCAGAUUUGUCGAUUCUGCUACACAACUUUCACACCCGUCUCAGUUGGAGCACCCUGUGUCUGUGAGAGAAACUGUGAUCGGCGCCAGCUCUUCCUCUCGAAAGCGAGGAUUCAAGGAGGAAGCUGAUUCAGAGGAUGAUUUUGAUCUAGACGAUUUCAGUGUGCAUUUUGAAGUUCACCCGAAUAAUCCUGGUUAUCAUCAAGGAAGCAGCGGGGUAGGCCAGAGCAGACUUCAACCACAUGUAGCAAAAAACUUGAGAAUGGCAGAAGGACUCCCUCCACAAAAAGCAGUAGAUGCUGUUCUUAUAAGAAGUGAUCCGAUGCCAGAGGGAAGUGAUGUAGUUCGAGGCUAUGACUUCAAUGAAGGCAUCGACUAUCACAAGUUAUUCAAAUCUUAUGCAAGAACUGGUUUCCAAGCCACUAAUGUAGGAAAAGCAAUUGAGGAGAUCAACAAAAUGAUUGACUGUAAACUUCAACCAGUACCGGAAGGGAUGCAGUCAGAAAUCAAUCUGAAUCCUGUUGGCCGUGAAAAGAGCAACUGCACAAUAUUUCUCAGCUUCACGUCAAACCUUGUAUCAGCUGGUACACGAGAAAUUAUCCGAUACCUUGUCCAGCACAAUAUGGUGGAUUGCCUGGUGACCACAGCAGGUGGUAUAGAGGAGGACUUCAUUAAGUGUCUUGGGCCUACUUAUAUGGGAGACUUCUCACUACUGGGACGAGAGCUGCGUAUGAAAGGGAUCAACCGCAUCGGCAACUUAUUAGUGCCCAACACCAACUACUGUCUGUUUGAGGACUGGUUGACACCCAUACUGGACACACUCUUGUUAGAGCAGAGAGAGCAGGGUGUUGUGUGGACACCAUCCAAAAUAAUCAACAGACUGGGAAAAGAAAUCAACUGUACAGAUUCUAUCUACUACUGGGCAUACAAGAACAAUAUUCCAGUAUUCUGCCCAGCCUUGACUGAUGGUUCUCUUGGUGAUAUCAUAUUCUUUCAUUCCUACAAAAACCCAGGGCUCAUUAUUGAUCUUGUUGAAGAUGUGCGACGAAUGAACAACCAGGCUAUGUAUGCUGUGAACUCAGGGAUGAUCAUUCUAGGUGGAGGAGUUUGUAAACACCACACCUGUAAUGCAAACCUCAUGCGAAAUGGCGCUGAUUUUUCUGUUUUUGUGAACACUGGCUCAGAAUUUGAUGGCAGUGACUCUGGAGCUCGCCCUGAUGAAGCUAUUUCCUGGGGAAAGAUAAAAAUGACUGCCACACCUGUUAAGGUUUAUGGUGAUGCUACUAUUGUAAUGCCAAUCCUUGUUGGAGAAACAUUUGCCAGACGACAAGGGGAGCUCAAGCAUUUCUCUCAUUUUGAUUGACUUGCCAGACUUGAUGUUAGCCAUGUGAUACUGCACCAACUUCUUUUAGAAAAUCUAACUCACAUUCACAAAGAGUUCGAACUGGGAAAUUUGAUAUUUUAAAAAAAAUUAUAGAUUAAAAUCUACAGGUUGUGAGUAUUCUUUUUAUGCUAGAAAUUUCCUUCUAGUCUCCAAAUUGAGUAAGUUAUAUAGGUUUGAAUCGUGCAAAUAUGAUAUCAGCCAUUUUGAGAAAAACAGGUUCAAAGUUUCUCAGCUUUCACAAGGUUUUGUCUUAGCAUUGAGAACUUCUAAUAGUUCACAUUGUACUACAUUUUGCACAAUGAUAAAACACAUCAAGCUACGUCAUCUCAAAUCACACAAAAAAUGAAAUAGCACUGAACAUUUUAGUUUUUACUACCAUACACUGUUAGUGAAACAAAAAGCAGUGAAAAUGCAUUUCAAUCAGCAAGCACAUUCACAGAAAAAACAAUAUUCAAAAACUGUAUGUGCCCCUUCUCUGUUCAAAAGAUGAAUGAAGCCAGUGGUACAUCAACAUUUUUGUCAGUGUGAUCACUUUGAAAAGUAUUCCACUUACACUCAAAUUUAUUGAAGUCACACGCUAAGGCAUAUGCAGUGUCAUCUGUCCCAAAAUAUUAUAUAAUUUGUAUUCAGUUUUUACUGUUCUGAAUAUUGGAAAGUCCAAGAUUGAAUUAAGUAAAGCUAAUAAUUUUGAAAGUAAGAUGCUUUUUAACCACUCUCUCACCUUACGCCGCACUUUGAAAGUGUGCUGAAAGACACUCAGAAGUUGCCUCUUUGUCAUUCAAACACUCGAUGUGUUUCUUAUUGUUACCAAAGACAAGUCACUUCUGUUAUCCCUCUGGAUAGCAUUUGAAUCAAAGACCAGAUUUGUUUCCUCAUAAACUUUUUGUAGAAAUAUCUUAUGAUUGAUUUAUAUUCGAAUCAGAAAUUGCAGAGAUUGAAAAUAUGGACUCCGAGCUGUCUGGUAAUGUAUAAUAUGACAGGUUUCUGAUAGCAAUACAGUAACAAACAUCAUUUGAAUUUCUUCAUUUUCUUGGGGAAACGGGUUGUUGUUGGGUACCUUGAUUAAAAUGCAUUUUAAGACCAUUUCUCACUGAUAUUUUAAUACGGUAGUGUUUUUCCUGUUAGUUUAAUGACCAAGGAAUUCAUUUUUUGUAAACAAAAGUGAAACUGCACGAAGCUGACCCUAAUCAUCUUUCCGGGCUUUUGCUACCAAACUGCUGUGUGCAAGUUAGGAUUUGCUUUGUGGUGGCAGGUCACAAAUUGAUAUAGACAAGUCUUUGUGAAGUCUAUAGAAUUUUAGGCUACAAGAUCCAUCUGCUGUGUAGGUAAAGACUGCUAGAUUCAAACAUCAGUAUGCUAUCUUUCCAAUUGAGCAGAUAUGUUUAAUAGCAUGUCUUUUAUCAGUUAUUAUCAUGAACAGCAAAUUCCUAAAGACCUUUUUGGUCUUCUCUUUUUCUUUAUCUGGGGAGAAUAUCUUUUAAAGGGGUGUGAUGUUAAAAUGAGCUUAUCGUUUUUCACUGACUGAGAGGAUGAAGUUUUAUACUUGAAAAGAUUAAAGCAAAUCUUAUUCAGAA